CGUCAGGGACUAUUAUAACCUAUCCAAGUUCUAAAUUAUUCAUUUAAAAUUCGUGUGAGUCAAAUUAUCAGUUACAUAACGGUAAAAACAGUGCUGUGAUAUAAAAGAUAAUCAAAGAAAUUGGCCAAAUAACUUAACAUAUACCUGGUCUUUAGUUACCAAACUACUGCCAAGUUUUUGCAUUUUAUCAUAACAGAAAUUCGAACAUUUAAAUGUCACAAAUAGCUUCACACGAAUUGGGAUAUGACCUCCACGAAGCUUUAGACAGAUGCAACGCCGAAGAAAAAGAUCUCCGAGCCCUCAGGGAACCACCAAUUCCGGGGGUACCAUCAAAUAUAACAGACAAACAGUUGCUGUUAUUUCUAAAUGCUUGUGGAGAUGUACCACAAGCCCGCCAAUGUCUAGAAGCUUAUUAUGACGCUCGAAGAAAUGCUCCUGAACAUUUCAACAACAGAGACCCGAGAUCAGAUGAGAUCUUACAAUGUCUUCAAGCACAAGAAUACAUUCUUUUGCCACCAACUGCUGAUGGUCAUGAUGUCAUAUUUCAUAGACUUUUCCAAACUGCACCAUCCGCUUAUAAUUACGACCAGGCGAUAAGAACGUUUUUUAUGACCAUAGACAUGUGUUUAUAUACUCGAGGACCAAGACCAGGUUUGGUAUUUUUAUUCGAUAUGAAAGGCGUUUCUUUGGGGCAUUUGACCAGACUUCGAGUUGCAGGGACGAGGAAGUUUUUUAAAUACUUGCAAGAGGCACUUCCGGCUAAAUUAAAGGCCAUUCACGUAGUGAACGUCGUACCGUUUUUCGACAAAAUUCUUCUUUUGAUAAAACCAUUCAUGAAAAAGGAACUUAUGAACAUGUUACAUAUCCAUACCGGAAAUAUAGAUAUGCAAAAAUUUUAUGAAGAAGUUCUACCCCGGUCGGUAUUACCAUCAGAUUUUGGUGGCGAUUUAGCAGAUUGCAGAACAUUGCACCAAGAAUUUUGUGAUAAGCUGCAAGCCCACGCCUCGUAUUUUGUGGCUGAAGAACAGCAAAGAUCUAAUGUACUUCAAGCAAAUGGCAAGAAAAAACAAGUCACACCCGAAGCACAAUUUCAACGUUUAGAGAUUGAUUAAUUAUAAAUUAUUGACUGUUUCUUAGUAAAUUGUUAUUGGUUAAAUACAUUCCUUUAUAUACAUAUCGUGAUCGGUUCAAGUUUUAAUAUUG